UAAUUUUUCUUUCAAUAUAAAUCUGUAACAUAACUAUUUCUCUGUAUUAUAAUUUUCUGAACAAUAAAGCAGUAUGACUAAAGCAGCAACAUUGCCAUCCACUACUUUUGACUUUUCUACGAUGGGUUUUCAGUAUCGCGACAUUAAUGGAUAUGUCAAAUAUACUUGGACUGAAGAAUCGGGAUGGGAUAAAGGUACAAUGGAAACGAAUCCAAUGCUAAACGUUCACAUGUGUGCAACUGGUCUUAAUUAUGGUCAACAGUGCUUUGAAGGCAUGAAAGCUUUCCGUGACAGCGAAAACCGUGUCCGUAUAUUUCGCCCUUACAUCAAUGCCGCUAGAAUGAACCGCAGUGCAGAUAUGGCUUUUAUGCCGAACAUUCCUGAAGAGCUCUUUGUUGAGGCUGUUCGUCGUUGCGUGGAAGCUAAUCUCGAAUAUGUUCCUCCGAAAGAAACAGGUGGUUCACUUUAUAUUCGUCCUCUCCUCUUUGGUAGUGGCCCUUAUAUUGGUAUGGGUGCUGCUCCAGAAUUCACUUUCAUAGUUUUUGCCAUGCCAGUAGGUGCUUUUUAUACUGGAGGUGUGAAACCUGUCGAUGCCAUUGUUAUUGAAGAUUUCGAUAGGAGUGCACCCAAUGGUACCGGUGGAACUAAAUUAGGCGGCAAUUAUGCACCCACCUUCAGCCACAUUAUGAAAGCUAAAAAAGAUGGUUACGCUCUGACUCUACACUUGGAUUCAAAGACUCAUACUUAUAUCGAUGAAUUCUCCACUUCCAACUUUGUGGCUCUUACUUAUCCUGAUGAUAAAGGCGUGCGAACCUUCGUAACACCCGACUCAAAUUCAAUCCUGCGAUCUGUUACCCGUUUAUCGCUCGAAGAUAUCGCUAUUAAAUUAGGCUGGAAAGUUGAAGAAAGACCAAUUACAUUUGCUGAAGUUGUGGAAGGUAAAUUUGCAGAAGUAGCUGCUUGCGGCACAGCUGCCAUCAUUACACCUGUGAAGAAAAUUGUUCGAGGGGAUCAAACAAUAAGAAUUGGUACUGAAGAACAGACUGAUCUUGGCGAAGGUUUUAAGAGACUCUAUAACGAAUACCGUGGUAUUCAAUCUGGCGAAAUCGAGGAUACUUUUGAGUGGAUGUGGCCAAAGGAAGGGUUGUAAUUUAUUGGGACAUAGAAUUUGAUCUUACAUAUUUUACAUAAACACCUUUCCAAACUGCAUGUUAUGUACAUAAUUGAAUAGAAAAUAAAUCAAAGAUUCAUACGAUGUGCUUUUUCAGCGUAUUUCGCAGCAUCUAUCGUACUUUUUGUCAUCAAAAUUAUCCUGAAUUGCACAAAAAUGAAAUUGGCUGUUACAAAAAAAUGAAUGUUGGCUAAAACCAAAUAUUGCACUUAAUCAUAGUGUGGUUAACUGAAUUAUUACAUAGUACUUUGCUUUUUGCAAUGUUUUCGACUAUUUGUAUAUAUAUUUAAUUUGUGGCUAUAAAUUAAUAAUGCUGAUCAGUCAAGCUUGUCUACAUGAAACUAGGGUAUAAUUGAUUUCGGGUUUGAUAUAUCCAAUUAGUUAAAGACUUACA